AUGGCCUCCACGACCCCCAGCAUCCGCCAGAACAACCUCCUCGCUCUGUCUUCGCAAGACCGUCUGUGCAAGGCCUUCGGCAUCAAGAUCACAACCGACGUAACGAUCGUGUCUAUGGCCGUCACGGCCGGCUACGACUGCCUUUUCAUCGACCUGGAGCACACGACGCUCUCGCUGCGCGACGCCUCGCAGCUGUGCAUCACGGCCCUCGCGUCCGGCAUCACGCCGUUCGUGCGCGUGCCGUUCCAGUGCGGCCGCGGCUUCGUGCAGCGCGUCCUCGACAUGGGGGCCAUGGGCGUGGUGUUUCCGCAUAUUCACGGCGUUGAGGACGCAAAAGCCGCAGUCAAUUCGUGCAAGUUCCCCCCACAGGGCAGCCGGUCCCUGACCAUCGGGCUCCCGCACUUCGGCCUCGCAUCCGUGGCGCCGGACGUCGCGAUGCAGGAGCUGGACGCCACGGGCUCGACGGUGUUCAUCAUGAUCGAGACCCAGGACGCGUUGGCCGCCGUGGACGACAUCGCCGCGUUACCAGGCGUGGAGGCGUUGCUGGUCGGGUCCAACGACCUGGGCCAGGAGAUGGGCUGUUUGGGGGAGUGGGAGGGCGAGGUCUUCAUGGGGGCGCUGAAAAGGGUCGGGGAGGCGUGUCGCAGGCACGGCAAAGUGUUCGCGAUCGCGGGCUUGUAUCAUCGGCCGGAUGUCAUGGAGAAGGUGGUCAAUGAGAUGGGGGCCAGGUGGGUGCUGGGCGGGCUGGACGCGGGAUUGCUGGCUGGUGCGGCCAGGCAGAAUUGCGAGGGCUUGAUGAAGCUUCAGAGGUAG